CUAUUCGCUGUUGGUGUCACUGAGCAUGUGCUCGAUUCUGAACUUGAAAACAUCGCUGGUAAGUUGAAAUUAGUCAAACAAAGUCAGCGAUCAUUCCGGAUUAUACAUUAUCCAACCACUGAAGUGGUAAUUAAAGCUGAAUCAUGCUACGAGGCGAUUCCUGUCAAUUCAAAUGCAUGUGAUGGUUCAUUGAUGAGUUCACUGAAACUGGAACUGCAACCGGUUCUUUCUGGAAGUGCAAAAGAUCGUUACUUCCGUGUGAGCAGCUUCAAAGAUUUGAACGCACGAUUAAGGAGUGUGAUCCAAAAAGUAACAUGCCCAGCGGCUCCACCAGCGGAACCAUUAGAAGGACCAUGUGAUCCGUCAACGAAUCGUGGUUGCGAUCGAUCGCUAAAUCAGGUAUGCGUGAAGAAGGACGGCAGGAACUUAUGCACAUGCCCACCUGGUUUUCAGAAAAAUCCAGUUACUCAAUGUUGUGGUGGUGAUCUGUGUAAUCCAGAGCUUGUUUCGUCAUGCCCACAUCCAGACGUUUGCAAAAUCACUCCAUUCGGCAACCACAGAUGUGCUUGCCUCGACUACUACUACAGAGAUCCAAAAACUGGAGCAUGUAAGGGCAGUCAACCACCUGCAGUUUCACCAGCACUGGAGGAGUGUGAUGCAGACAGACCAUGUCCUGAACAUGAAGAAUGCGUACGAACCAAAGCUGGUGGACACACAUGUCAGUGCGCGUCAGGCUAUGAACGCAACUACAGAAGCGAUAAAUGCCAACUGCCUGGUACAUGUGAUCCGACAAUUCCGGAAUCUUGUGAUCAACGGAAACGGGAACGUUGUCUACCGGAUGGCGACAAAUACACAUGCCAAUGUGAAGCCAACUAUAAGAGACACCCGAUCACAGAAUGCCUCACUUCAUAUUUUUCCUCUGCUGUUUCAGUGAUUGACGAGUGUACAGCUGGAACGCACGAUUGUGAUCAAAAUGCAAAAUGCUUCGAUACAGAUGAAAGUUUCAUCUGUACAUGUAAUGAAGGUUUCACUGACGAGAGUCCCGAUCCAUCGCAAAAACCUGGACGUGUCUGCAAACAACAAAUCGAUGAGUGUACAUCAGGAACGCAUAAUUGUUCAGUGAAUGCCGUUUGCAUCAAUCUUCCUAAUGGUUUCGUUUGCCGAUGUAAAGAAAACUUCGUUGAUUUCAGUCCGAAUCCGAAUCACUUUGCCGGAACGGAUUGUCGAGCGUUGGUGAACGAAUGCGCCGAUAAAACGUUGAAUACGUGUAGCGAGAAUGCGUUUUGCAUAGACACUCGAGAAGGCUAUAAAUGUCAGUGUAAAGAGGGCUUUAUGGACGACGAUGAACUUCGGAAUCCAGGACGAAACUGCAAAAAAGCUAAUCGCAUUUGUUCGGAAGGAGGUCAUGACUGUGAUGCAAAUGCGCGAUGUAUCGAACGAGGAGCGAGUUCGUACGAUUGUGUAUGCAGUGCUGGUUACAUCGAUAAAAGCCCAGAUCCAUCUAAACCUGGUGAGUGCUUACGGCAAGAAUGA